GAAUAGUUUUGUUUAAACAGUUAGAAUUUCAAAUUUUUAUUACGUGUCACAUAAUAUACACAUUACACAUGUGAGUAUACCUAUAUACACUUCUACAUUCACACACGACAGCAUGUGUAGGUGUAGUCGUGUAGUGUCAAUUUUGUGUGCAUACAGGACUUUGCGCAGUAGAUAGAAGAACCAUGGAUAAUUAAUUGUUUAAAUAGUACUUUUAAUAAAUUUUCUAAUAGUAGAAAGUGAAUUUAAGACUGAAAAAGUUUCGACAAACAAGCCAAAAUGCCAGAUGCCAUUGUAAAAUUUGCCAAAAUUCGCUGCUCGCCAGAAUCGAGUUUCUGGGCCAAAUUUGCAGAGUUGAAGAUAGACAAGUUUAAAUUAGAUGAAAAAAUAAAUAUUCAUCUAUGGGGAAGCUAUAACCUUGGUCCAGAAGAACGGGGAGGCAAGCCUUUGUUCCUCGAUUACACAUCAUUCAAUGAUGACUUGGAAACGACGACGCACAACGCGGCAGUUCCGUGCAGCGGCCUUAUGGUAAACACAAAUACAUUCGAUCUAUUCAAAAACACAAAUCCUCAAACUUUCAUAAACACUCUGGGAAGAGAACUCAUCGACUCGUUGAAAAACGGAUCUGCUCUAAAAGAGCCCUGGCGACUGAUGACCUUUCUCGUGUUGUCUCAUGCGGAUCUGAAGAAGUAUCGAUUUCACUAUUGGGUGGCGCACCCGACACCCUUUGCCCUGCCUGAAAUGCAUCACGCCAAAGAACAGGUCUUUGUUAGGCAAGAGUUCACACCUGAGCAGGUACAAAGUUUCGAAGAGGGCUUUUCAAAGUUGGAUGCUAAGUCACGGUGUUUCUUUUCUGUAAUCGUUUCCAAAGAUUCAAAAUCCCUGGAGGUUGUCAGCCUUGUCAGGGGAGUCGAGAUCGGUAACUCGAGCGACAAAGAGAACGAAGCGGAUAUUUACUUUGCGUUCUACGAUCCGUGCUCGCACACAGCUCCCGGCUGGCCGCUGAGAAACUUGUUGUGCUUGCUGUUCUUCCAGUGUCCAAAUGUAUGUUUCGAAAAAUGGAUGAAGUUUAUCUCGGUGAGGGGACCGAAUCUGACGAAUUCCGUGGUUUACACGAUAAAAACCAAAGAGCAGGAGAACAUGGAGGAGUUGAGGGAGUCCCUGUUGAAGGAAAAUUUGAUUGGUUGGGAAUCCAACUCCAGAGGCAAAAUGGGACCGAAUAUCGACGAUCUGUCGGAAACGAUGGACCCAAUCAAAUUGGCCGAGCGGGCAAUCUGUCUGAAUCUGAAGCUUAUGAAGUGGCGACUCGUACCUGAACUGGACUUGGGCUACAUCAGCGGUCUGAAAUGCCUUUUGCUGGGCGCAGGGACGCUCGGUUGCUCGGUCGCCCGAGUUUUGCUCGGCUGGGGCGUCCACACGCUCACUUUUGUCGACAACUCCGUGGUCUCGCCCAGCAAUACCGUCAGGCAGAACCUCUACACCCACGAGGACGCCGUAAACCGACGGCCAAAGGUUGAGGCUGCAAAGAACGCCCUGCUCAAGAUCCACCCAAAUCUGAACGCUGAGGGAGUCGUGCUACAAAUACCGAUGCCAGGCCACGUGGUUGGCCCCAGCAUGCUAGAGUCAACGAGGCAGGCAGUCGAGAAGCUCGAGAAGCUGUACGCUGAACACGACGUGGUAUUUCUGCUGCUAGACUCGCGCGAGGCUCGCUGGCUGCCUACGCUAAUGUGCGCGUCCAAGGGCAAGAUAGCCAUAAAUGCUGCCCUGGGCUUCGACUCGUAUACGGUACAGAGGCACGGAACGCGGGAUUUGAGCCAGACGUCGUCGCCCGAUAUCACCCUGCAAGAUCCGACGGGCAAGGAUUUGGGCUGCUACUUUUGCAACGACGUUACACAGCCCGGCAACUCUCAGACCGACCGCACCUUGGACCAGCAGUGCACGGUCAGUCGGCCUGGCUUGUCAUACAUCGCGGCAGGCCUCGCUGUCGAGCUCUUAGUCGCGCUGACGCAACACGAGGACAGAGCGGAAGCCCGUGCGCUUCUGUCAGCGUCUAAGGAUUGCGGCAGCACCGGCCUGUUGGGUGGAGUGCCGCACACGAUACGUGGCUCGCUUUGGAACCACGAGACCCAGCUUACGGUCACGCAUAGGUUCGCCUCGUGUACUGCUUGCUCGGUACCUGUGAUCGGCGAGUACCGCGCCAGAGGCUUUGACUUUGUGCUGGAUGCGUGCAACAAGCCCAAUUACCUGGAGAGACUCGCCGGGAUCGAGGCUCUGCUCAGCAGACCCGGAUUAGACGAGAUGUGCUUUGCUCUCGAUUCGAGUGAAGAGGACGAAAACUGAAACAAUGGAAAUAGAGAUUGCUUAAGUCACGGAGAUUAACAUUUUUUAUAUAUAUAUUUUUUUUUUUUUUUUUUUACUUCCCUCUAUAAUUGAAAGGAGAUAAUUCCUUACCGGUGAUCCAACAGUAUUGCAACAGCUGUAUAGAAUAUGCAUUCUUUUUGUAUUUUUGUAAAACGUGUGAAUUUUUUUUCUUCCGUGUUUUUUCUUAAGCAAACAAUGCGUUUCAUAGAACCCAAACUUGUUAAUUCGUCGUAAUCUAUUAUUAUUCCGAGUAAGUUUUAUAUUACCUAUAUCAUCGCUAUUCUGUGUGCAUGGAUUUAUCAGAUGUAUUCGUGUUUUCUAAGCAAUUUACCCAAUUCUCAAACGAUAGUAAUACUCCCAGUG